CAGUCAUCCAUAAUCACCAGAAGAAGGUUUGCUGCCAUGUGGUGUUUGAACCUGGAACAAAUAUUAUAAUAUUUUAGGGUAAAUUUGUGGCGAUUAAACGCAGCGGAACACAACGAUUUUGAUGACACCGAGGGAAGCUUAAAGGAAAGAAAAAUGCAGCACGACGACGUUAUCUGGGACGUUAUUGGGAACAAACAUUUCUGCUCCUACAAAGUCAAGACGAAAACUCAAAACUUCUGUCGUAAUGAGUUCAACAUCACUGGUCUGUGUAACCGCUCAUCGUGCCCGCUGGCCAACAGCCAGUAUGCCACCAUCAGAGAGGAGAAAGGUCAGUGCUUCCUGUACAUGAAGGUGAUCGAGAGGGCGGCGUUUCCUGCGAGAAUGUGGGAGAAGGUGAAGCUGAGUAAGAACUACGAAAAGGCCCUGGAGCAGAUCGACGAGAACCUGAUCUACUGGCCCCGCUUCAUCAGACACAAGUGCAAGCAGAGGUUCACCAAGAUCACGCAGUACCUGAUCCGCAUGCGCAAACUGGUCCUGAAGAGGCAGAGGAAGCUGGUUCCCCUCAGCAGGAAGGUGGAGCAGCGGCUGAAGAGGCACGAGGAGAAGGCUCUGAUCGCGGCUCAGCUGGAUAACGCUAUCGAGAAGGAGCUGCUGGAGCGACUCAAGCAGGGAACGUACGGUGACAUCUACAACUUCCCGCUACAUGCCUUCGACAAAGCUCUGGAACAGCAGGACGAAGAGUCGGAGUCCGAGGAGGAGGACGAGGAGGACGUCGAGACGAGAGAGUUUGUUGCAGAAGAAGAGCUGGAGGAGAGUGACCUCAGUGACUUUGAGGAGAUGAACAAACUGAAGACGAGCAGUGACGAGGAGGAGCAGGAAGACGGUGAGGAGUCCAGCGAGGAGGAGAUGGAAGUGGAGGUGGAGACGACAGCCUCCAAAUCAAAAGGCAAAUUGCUGGCUAACGGUUCGCUGCCCAGGAAGAAGCGGGCCUACGUAAAGAUUGAAUACGAACAUGAAACAGAACCCGCCCCCAAGAGCAGAGCCACGUAGAGCUGUCAAACUGAAUGCCAGCAUUAUGAGACUCUCCAGCAGAGGGCGCACUCCGACACGGGGCCAUCUGUCAUACGCCGCCUUUUGCAUGCUGUCAUCAUGCUCAUGUUUGGAAUUUACUUUCUGUGCACAGUGGGUGUGGCUGAGUGCUCGUUCACACUGUGGCGUUUUGUUCUGCGAUUGUUGUGUGGAGCAAAUCACCAUAAAUGCAAUGGUAUUGAAGUCUGUUCAGAGCUGAAACGCAGCUUCAGCCACUGGCAGUUUCACAGAUUUAUUUA